AUGACUGUCCUCAUGUCACGACCUUGGGCUGUGACUCGCAAUCUUGGCCACUUCCGCGACUGGGAAAUGUAUUUACCACGGGAUGACGCGCAGUCGAAGCGACUGCCUCCUAUCAAAGAGGUUUUUCCGGGCCUUGGCUUGGGUUCAAGGGAUGAUGACAACUUUGGCAGCUUCCCCAAAGUCUCCCGCGUCACGUCACCCAACUUUGAUGCUUCACCCAACAAACGGAGAAGAUAUGAAGACGAGGCGGAGGCGGAGGCGGCUCAGCGAGGACACGUACCGCGGGUGCAUCGUUACCCUAGACACCGAGUUCCCGUCUCUCCUUGCCAAAGUCCUUCUGCACCAAGGAGCUCAGAAAGAUGGAAUCCUGCUCCUGAAACGAUAGUCUCGCCUGGUUCAUCCUAUUCUGUCCCUACGCCAAUGUCUCUCCCUCUCUCUGCGCCAAUGGAAGCGCAAGACUUGUCAAGGCCUCGAAUGGCUCUACCAAGCUUGCGAACAUCGAUGAAUUUCGAAAAUGAGCCCCCGAAUAGCCUGGAUAGCUCCCUGGGCGGCCCUCGAGACUACCCUCACAACCCUCAAGCCCUGGUCGACCUUAUGAUGGAGCAGCCUUCUCAGGCUCAGGAAGUGUAUAUCCCCACCACGUGGAGCCGAGCCGCACAAGUCAAAGCCAAGGCCAAGGCCAAGGCCAAAGCCAAAGCCAAAGCCAAAGACACCUUCAACAGUUGGCAGCCAUGGCCGCCGGGAGCGCACUGCGAAAACGACGCGGCAACCUCCCCAAAGAGACGACAGAUAGGCUACGGAGGUGGUUCGCCGCACACCUAUCGCACCCUUACCCCACAGAGGACGAGAAGCAGGACCUGGUGCGCCGGACUGGACUGCAGCUUAAUCAGAUUUCCAAUUGGUUCAUCAACGCAAGGCGACGCCAGCUACCUGGCUUGCUCAAGAGGCAGAGAGAGAACGAGGCUGCAAGGCGAGGUCUUGCUAGCCGGGAAGGCGAAUCUACGGAUCCCUCGUCUACCGCCUCGUCGCCUAGGAGUGAAGCCGGGGCCCAUUCGAGCGAUGAAGUUCUUCAGCGCCGUCGGAGCAGAAGCAUAA